UGUACGGCGGAUGUGGAAUCUGCCCGCCGCACUUCCGUGACACGCAUCAGCCGGUCGUUGACUCGCAGGGGUCGAUGUUCAUUCAUUAGUGCAGCUCUCUCUUAUCUGCUCGGUGUAUGAUUGUGGCUCUGCUGCACAGGCUGAAGGAGCUCCCACGCGCUGUGCACAGGUGGAGUGUGAUGAUGAAGCCGCAGGUCGUGUUUGUUUUGGGCGGGCCAGGCGCGGGGAAAGGGACACAAUGCGCGAGAAUCGUGGCGAACUACAGCUACACUCACCUGUCUGCCGGAGACCUGCUGAGAGAGGAGCGCAGCCGCACCGGCUCACAGUUUGGCCAGCUCAUCGACUCCUACAUCAAAGAGGGCAAGAUAGUUCCAGUUGAAAUCACCAUCAACUUGCUGAAAAAGGCGAUGGAAGAGACCAUGAAAGCCGAUGAAAAGAAGUUCCGCUUUCUCAUCGAUGGUUUCCCACGAAACCAAGACAACCUGCAGGGAUGGAGCACGGUCAUGGACGGGAAGGCAGAUGUCAAGUUUGUGCUUUUCUUUGACUGCAGUAAAGAGGUGUGCAUUGACCGAUGUCUAGAGCGAGGCAAGAGCAGCGGACGCACUGAUGACAACAGAGAGAGUCUAGAGAAAAGGAUCCAGACGUACCUCCAGUCCACACGGCCCAUUAUAGAGCAGUACGAGAAGCAGGGGAAGGUGUGCAUGAUUGAUGCCUCCCGAUCGGUGGAUGAGGUGUUUGCAGAUGUGAAGAACAUUCUGGAUAAAGAAGGCUAAGCAUCCACAGACAAAAAAAAAAAAAAAAAAAACGCAUUCUGGAAAAUGGUGGUGUCUUUGUUGUCGGCGGUGCUAUGCCUUCAUGUAUCGAUAGCUACAUUUUUACUCAUUCAACAGUAAAAUAGGUGUUUUUUUUUUGUUUUUGUUUUUUUAAGAAGUGAGAGAGUGUGUGCUCCUAUCUAUGUGUGUAAGUCUGAAAGAAAAACACUUUUGUUGAGCAAACGAUCCAUGCUUGCUCAAUAUUACACUGAAGAGGAACAAUGUUUCAGCAGAGAAUCAAACCAGUUUGAGCAAUAAUGUUCAGGGCACUUCUAUAGGAACAGAACACACACGCUUCUGCUCUUAACUUCAAGAUAGUCUUCUGUGUCUCAUGUGUGAGAAAUGUUUCGAAACGUCCAUCUUUCAGUGUAUAAAACAAAUAAGCCAAGAACUGAAAUAAGCCAAGAAUAGGUUGGAAGUCUGUUUCAUUCUCUAAACUAAUGAGUGAUUCUAAAUGACCAACAGGAAGUCCGAGUAUCUGACCUGUUUGUGUUAUAUUUGGUGAGAUGUUUCUCUUGUUUUGUAUAGUAAUCCACAGCAGGAUCUGAGGACUGUUUGCUGGCCACCCAAUAGAGAGCUGAGUUUUAGCUGUAUGUUUUUCUUUUAUCAUAUUGGGCUGCUGUGUUCCAAAUAUGUGCCAUCUUUGCUCAGGCAGUAGAUUUUAAGCUGUGGGGAACGGGCUCAUGCUUUUAUUUGAUUGUCUCAGGCAGCAUCUUUGGGGUUGUUUGUGAAUAAACUGAAUUUGUCGUAUAGAUGUGACGGUCCAGUAAAUAGCACAAAACAAUAUAAGAAAUAUCAAGGAUGACAGAACCCUCUGAAAAAAAUAAAUGUUAUGAUGUCAAAUGUC